GAGCUCUCAGUGGAAACAGAGCUCGACACAACACCGGAGCCGCCGCUGCUUUCUGCGAUCGGAUUGUUUCAACAGCGCCCUAAUAAACCAUGGACGGCAGAGGCUACGGUUCAGGUUACUCCAGUUGGGGAGGUGGUGGAGGAGGAGGAGGGGGAGGAGGAUCAGGCAGCAGAGGUUCUGGUGGCUUUGACUUGUAUGGAGGAGGUUACAAGGACUCGAUGUCUGGGCUCGGGGGCUAUGGAGGAGGAGGAGGCGGCCACAUGAAGCGAGGUCUGUCUGGAGGUUCCCUGCUGUCCUCCACAGGCACACAUGCAGAUGCGGUCAUUGCCAAGAUUAACCAGCGCCUGGACAUGCUCACUCAGUUGGAGGCUGGAAAAGGGUCUCGGGGUGACAGGUAUGACCAGUACGAGUCAUUCGACUCGCGCUCCUCCGCUCUCACCUCCUCCCGAGAUCUCUACAGAUCUGGCGGCAGUAGCUAUGGUUAUGGCGAUGGCCGUGGGGACAACAUGCUGUUGGGUCAGCGAGGAGGCUCGGGCUUCGGAGGGGGAAUUGGGCUGGGGGGAGGAGGAGGCUUUGACAGCCCCUCCUCUUCCUAUGGAGUCGCUAAGAUGCGACAGAAUAUCAGGGACUCCUUCAGCAGUGCCCAGGGAGGAGGUUCUGGAGGUGGAGGAUGGGCUGGAGCAGGCCGUCGUUCCCCCAGAAGGGGUGGAAGUACCGGGGGCCGAGGAGCUGGAGGAGGUUUUGGAAGCCGCAGGUCUGACCCCACUCCAUUAGGCGGAGGUGGGCGGGGAAGUGGUAGUGGUGGCCAGUCCCACCGCGGCCACUCUCCAGGAGGUGGUAGAGGCAAGCUCCCAUCCCUCCUGUCCAACCGCAUGUACCCUGAGAGUGGGGGCUUCCAUCAGGGUUCCAUUCAAGGGCCUCACGACUUUCCUGGGAGGCAUUUUGGAGGGGGCCCACGGGCUGGCCGCCAGCGAGGCCGAAAGAGACCCCUCAACAAACAGGUGAAACCACAACGUGAUGUCCAGAAGAAGAGAAAACAAACACUGACUGCAGCUGAUGAGCCAGAGUCAAAGAUGAACAAGACUGAAAGUUCAGGGUCAGAAGCUACCCAAGAACAAGCAGAGAAGAAUGGUGACAGCAGUGAAACGAAGCCUGAUGCUGCUGAGACGAAACCUGCUGCAGAUGGAGAUAAAGUGACACCCAAACAAGAUGAGAAGAAAAGUCCACAGGGCAAACAGACACCAACCCAAGGUCAGGACAAGCACCCAAAAAUGAGGAAGAGGAGGGGCUUCCUGGAAAGGGUGAUGUUUGCCUGCUCUGUGUGCAAGUUCCGUUCAUUCUACAAGGAGGAAAUGGAAACUCACCUUGAGAGUCGCUUCCACAAGGACCACUUUAAGUUCCUUUCAGGCCAACUGUCCAAGCCCACGACAGACUUCCUACAGGAAUAUUUGCAGAACAAGUUCAAGAAGACAGAUCAGAGGGUUAGCCAGUUGGAGAACCACAGCGCCGCCAUCUGCCAGAUGUACAGAGAACAGGACCUCACCAGGGAUCUUGGCAUGGAGCACUUCAUGAGGAAGGUGGAAGCCGCCCACUGCGCAGCGUGUGACCUCUUCAUUCCCAUGCAGCCCCACCUGAUACAGAAGCACAUAAAGUCCCCUGACCAUAACUACAACCGCAAGGGUAUCAUGGAGCAGUCGAAGAGGGCCAGUCUCUCAGUUGCUCGCAGCAUCCUCAACCACAAACUCAUUGGCAAGAAGCUGGAGAGCUACCUCAAGGGUGAAAACCCGUUCACUGGUAAUCAAGACGACCAGGAUCCAGAGGACUCCAUGGUGAUGGACGUGUCUGAGCUGGAGUUGACCAGUGAGACAGCAGACAACCAGACAGACGGAGCAGAAGCAGACGGAAACGCACCAGUUAAGGAGCCAGUGGCUGAGGGAGAGACGGGCCAGGAGGCAGUAGAGGGAGAAGCAGCAGCAGCAGUAGCGGCAGCAGAGGAGGAGAUGGAGGAGAAGAUGGAGGAGGAGCCAGGAAUGGAGGGAGAGGAGGAGGAGCAGGAGAAUCACGAAGAAGAGGAAGGUUUUGAAGUGGGAGAAGAGGAGGAGGAAGAAGAGGGAUACGUGGUGCGUGAUGAGAUCAAUGAAGAGGGAUUACAGGCUGAGCUGGAUGAGGAGGAGGAGGGAGUCGAGGUAGCAGAGGCUGAGGAGGAAGACGACAAGAAUGAUGAAUGACUUUUGCACCCCGCGUGUGUGUGACGCCUCAUCCAUAACAUCUGUCCGGACCAGUCAGUGACCCCCACAGUCCCAUGAACCCCUUUUUUCAUUUUCAGGCAAAUUAAGAAAUGUCCAUUCUUGCUCCCACCAUUUUUACUGUUAAAUGACUGAGUUUGUUUAAUUUAAUUUUUUGUCAAAGGAAUAGCAUUUUGUGAAAUGGACUUUUUCACUUUCUUGCCGAGAUCUACAUGUGAAAACUGUUAAAAAGUAGUUGCACUAAGUAACUGUCUUAUGACCUGUCUUUGAUGGACUUAUUUUUGAACUUUGGAGAGAGUCCGUUUCUAGUCUUAAUGCCAAGCUAAUCACCUCCGUGCUCCAGCUCCAUUCUUAAUGCAGACAUGGGCGAUAUCGAUCUUCUCAUUAAAAGUCUGCAAGGCAGAAAUUCAGUAUUUCCCACAAUUGGAAAAAAAAUUUAAACUAUUCCUCUUGAUACUUUUUUUUCUUGUGCCUUUGUUCAAAGUAUUCUUGGUUUAGAUGAAUUUGUUCACAAUUGUUUAAGAAACCUUAAGUAUUGUUAAGUUGAGAGAUAUUGUGUACUUAUCAGUGCAUCAGUCCAUUGCCAGUGUUGAUGGUGAAUGGAUGAUUUUCCAACACUUUGGAGUCUGAAGCCAGGCGGGCUUUUAUUCUACAGCUGGGGUAAUUAAGGGGACUAUCUGUAGAAUAAGUAUGACAUAUUCAUAUCAGUCAUGUAACAGUCUUGUUUCACUCUGGGUAUGAAAUAAAUUUGUUGAAUAAAUCA